CAACUCUUUCUUUCUCCAAAAGACUAUUAAACAUUGGAAGCAUCAAAAUAGUAAGUCCAGAUAGAGACAGUGUGGACAUCAACGUAUAUUUUAAAGCUUGAAAAGCGCUAUAUUCUCGCAGUCGUUUUUAAUUUUCUCCUAUCAUAAUACUCAAAUCUCUCUACCGAUCCAAGACAAGACGGUCAUCCUUUUUAAUACUCUUCCACUCUCUCUCUACACACUCACAUACAUACAUACAUAUAUAUAUAUAUAUAUACUGUAGUAUAUAUUUGUGUAUGUAUACGUAGACACGUCUUAGCAUUUUCAUUUCAUUGAAUUAUACAAUAGAAUUUGCAUCUUUACCACCAAAUUGUGUCAAUUCGAUCUCCUUAUCUCAUCGCGCUUCAAUUGCCAAGCGAUUUGCCUCUUCUGACAUUUCGAAUUUCCGAGAGAUUCGGAUCAAGAGAAGCUUCUGGCGCUUCGUUUCGUAAGAAAUGCAUAUGCUUCUGCAGGAAUAUACGCUGGAUUCUUGAUGUACCAGAAGGAGAUUUGGAGGUAAUAUUGCUGAUUUAUAGUGAAUGAAUCACUUGGCAUCUUGCCAAUAGUGGCGUCUUUAGAGAAGCAGUUUUGCAUAAACGUAGGAUCUUCGAAGUAUAUUAAGCUGAUUCGAGAACGAAUUAGACUGUUAGAGGUUCUUUGGCUCUAUCUCCGAAGAUAAUUAUUUGGAUCUAGGAUGGAGUUUUCGUUACAUUUUGCAAAUUGAUUGAUGUGUAACCAAAUCAAGUACUUGAGCUAGUAUUAGAAACUUCAUGUGUUCUGUAGAAUUAUUUUGGAAAGACAUGAAUUUGGCUUCUCCCAAGGGGUCUCAAACUAUGGUGUAUCGGAAGUCUCUUUUAUCGAUUGCAGCUUCAAUAGGAGGACUUGCUAUGUUCUUAAUGUUGGGUUCGGUGGUUCUUGUCUCACAACCAAUUGGGUCCACAGUUCGUGGGUAUUUCUACAAUAUUGAUUAUUCUAGAAGAAUAAGUACAAUAUCAAGGGCCAAUGAAACAGUUAUUGAUUCUCACCUUGAUAAUAAUGUUGUUGAAGGUUUGAGAAAUUUUGACUUAGCAAUGUCAGGGGACAAUGAACCUCCAAGUGAUUCUCAAUACCGUAAUUCGGACAUUAAUGAUUUGACAAAAGCAAAUUUGUCGAGGUCGCCUGUAGACAAGAUUGAUAAAAAACAGCCAUAUGAGAAACCAUCUAGUUUACAGGGAGAAAAGGAGGGAGUGAAUUCAUCAGGUCUUCCAAUUAUAUCGAGCACCAGGGGGGACAUGGCAGAUCAACUGGCACCUAUGUCCACAUUGUCUUCUGGUAUAACACAGGAAGAGAAAGCAACUGAAGGUUCUGUGUCAUCUAAUGGUACAGGGGACGUGGAAAAUACGAAAUCUCCUGCCCUGCAUUUACCAGAUAAGUCCACUAUUAUACAGACGGGAUCAGAUGAUAGACACCCUGUUUCAUCUUAUUCCAAAAUGGAGGGUGCACCAGCUUUACCUCCUGCGCCUGGCGAAAGAAGCCGGAGUGGUGCAGUGUAUUCAGAUUGUGAUCUGUACCAUGGAAAAUGGAUAUAUGAUUCAACUGGACCGCUAUACACGAAUGGUUCGUGCCCUGUCCUGACGCAGAUGCAGAACUGCCAGGGAAAUGGGAGGCCUGACAAGGAAUAUGAGAAUUGGCGAUGGAAACCUGCUCAAUGUGACCUCCCGCGUUUUGAUGCGAAGAAGUUUUUGGAGUUGAUGAGAGGGAAGACACUAGCUUUCAUUGGUGACUCGGUUGCUCGGAACCAGAUGGAAUCUAUGAUGUGCAUCCUUUGGCAGGUUGAAGUUCCAAAAAACCGGGGGAACAAAAGGAUGCAGCGUUAUUAUUUCAAGUCAACAUCAACAAUGAUAAUCCGGAUAUGGUCCUCGUGGCUUGUCCGCAGAACUUCAGAGCCAUUUGAUUUUGCUCCAGAAGGUGUGGACAAGCUCCACCUUGAUGCUCCCGAUGACAACUUCAUGGAAUUGAUCCCAACCUUUGAUGUGGUUGUCCUUUCCUCCGGCCACUGGUUUGCGAAGAAAUCAGUCUAUAUCUUAAACAAUCAGAUCGUGGGAGGACAGUUGUGGUGGCCUGACAAGUCUAAACCAAAGAAAAUUAACAACAUUGAAGCUUUUGGAAUAUCUGUUGAAACUAUUCUCACUGCCAUGGGUACACAUCCAAAUUACACAGGCCUGACCAUUGUGCGCUCCUUUUCACCUGAUCAUUAUGAGGGUGGUGCCUGGAAUACUGGAGGAUCAUGCACCGGGAAGGUAAGGCCUGUCUUAGAUGGUCAAUUAGUGGAGAAUGGUUUUACAAAUAUAAUGCAUGAGAAACAGGUGAGUGGUUUUAACCGUGCAAUCAAGAAGGUGGCAAACAAAUCAAAAUUGAGACUGAUGGAUAUCACAGAAGCCUUUGGGUACCGCCAUGAUGGGCAUCCGGGGCCAUAUAGAAGCCCUGAUCCAAAUAAGAUCACGAAGCGUGGUCCAGAUGGGAAGCCCCCGCCACAGGAUUGCUUACAUUGGUGCAUGCCUGGCCCUGUUGAUACAUGGAAUGAGCUGGUGCUUGAAAUCAUAAGAAGAGAUUUUGAUGGCAGCCAAACCUUACCCUCAUGAUCUGUCCACAUGUUUGCUGUUAGCUAGUCAAUAUUUGCUUCUGCGAAUGAAAAGGUUAAUGUGCUUGGAAAGAUCUAGUAAAUUAUGGCCAGGGUGGUGGCUAGCAUAUUCCUAUUCUUAUAAGAUAUACGUGUAGAGAGAAUUUCAGUUGUAAGUUGUAACACGCAGGUAGUUCGUGCAUUACAGUUUAUUUAUUGGUCAAUUAUAAAGGUCAAAUAUGUAUUCAUAGAGAUACUAGUAGCUAUUCCUCAUUUUGAUCUAUCGGUAUAUGUAAUUCGAAGAAAUUAAGAGCUGUUCUUGAGUUUUCCCAUC